UCCGGUUGCUACCGCGGUGUUGUCACUUUUCUCUGUGUACAUAAGUUAUCCUUUCAUUGUAGAAGUAUUAUUAACAUUUUUGAAGAAGUUAAGACUUAUUAAAAGGAUCGUGAUGAUCGGACGGAAAAAGUAUAGAUCGAAAAAGAGGUGAAAAUUGAACGAGAUUGUUUAUGUUAAAUGUAGUUAAGAGAGACCUUGAAACGUCGUAGAUUGCAAAUGAAUUCAUUUCCGUAAUCGAAGCGGUAUUUUUGAAUUUUAUGUUUACUUUGUUUUAAAAAAAGAAACGUCAAAAACGUAAGUAUGGAAAAUGAGAAUCGGGAAAUUCUGGAAGAUGUUGCAAUUUCGGACGUCGGUGGAUCGCAAUAUAUGAUUCAACGAAUUCCGGUAGAUAGUACGCAAUUAUUGAGUACGGAAUUGCUUCAACAUCAUAAUGGGUUAGUUGUUGACUUGGGUGCUGGCGAUUUUAUACCAGUUAAUUAUGCUUCUGAAGAUCUAUUACCUCAAGAUUUAACUGAAGAAGAUCGCAAUUUAGCAGCUGCUUUGGUAGCGGUACAAUUAAGCCAACAACAGAAACAACAACAACUUCAAGACUCUAACGUAGUUAUUAAUGGUAAUUUAGCCACUUUAUGUGAUGAUCAAUUGACCGAUAAAACUUCUAUAUCAAAUGGUUAUUUACAAAUUGUUGAUUCUGAUAAUAUUUACAAACAAAGUUUGAUACAAAAGAUAUGUUUUGAUGCUAGAGAUUUUUCUCCAGCAGAAGUUUACGAAAGGAAUGAUGAGAUCCUUUCGAUUAAAUCCGAAAAAGAGAUUGAAGUUAACACUACUCAUAGAGACUCAGACGGUGAUCAAAAAUCAGAAACGCGAAGCUUAAAAAAAACUCUCCCACAUAAAAAGAGACUUUCGAGGAAAUUAAAAAAAACUAAUAACGCCUUGAAAAAAUAUUAUAAAUGUAACUUAUGCGAACAAGUUUUUCAUAACAACGAGGAUUACACUACUCAUCAAAGCCUUUGUCAAACAACCAUUACUCCAAUUAAUCAAGUUUUAUUUACUUGCCAAAUUUGUUCUGCUAACUUUCAGGAUCAAUUAAGAUUUUUUGAACACCUUAAAGUUCAUUAUGAACCUAGUAUUUUAGUGCAAGAAAAUACAGCAAUUGAAAACAAACAAAAAGAAUUUCGACAACACGCAACCAAAUCCCAAGAAUCACUCCAAUUGAUUUUACAUACUUGUUUAGACUGUAAUAAAACAUUUCGUAGAAUAAAAGCUUACGAGGCGCACAUCCGAGAAUUUCAUAAUAAAGAUGAUCUACAUGAAUUUAGCGGCCCUGAAGAUCUUAUGCAAGAUAUCGAUGUUUCAACAUCAGUCCAACCAUCAAUAGAUACAAAAGAAUGUUUUUUAAUUAGGUAUCAUAGAGAUGAUGAACUUCAAGCUACAGAAGAAGAUUUACGAGAAUUAGAAGCCCAAGAUUGCGUUUGUGUAACGUGCAAGCAACAAUUUCAAACGCGUGCAGCAUUACAUGAACAUUCUUUAAAUUGCAAAGAUGUCGAUGGUCCGGAACCAAAAACCACAUCAUCGGAAGGUCGAAAAUCGAAGAAAAAAAUGGUUGAAUUUAAAUGCACAAUGUGUCCAAGGAUAUUUACGCAUAAAAAUUCUUUGGUUUAUCACAUGAGGGUGCAUACGGGAGUGAGGCCUCAUACUUGCGUUGAGUGUGGAAAAAGUUUCUUUGCCGCUAGUGCUUUAAAAGUUCAUUUAAGGCUUCAUUCAGGUGAUAAACCGUAUUGUUGCGAAUAUUGUGGUAAACAUUUCCGUCAAUGGGGUGAUUUAAAAUACCAUUGCGUUUCGAUACACUCCGACCACAAACAAUAUCAAUGCGAUUAUUGCGGAAAAGAAUUUGCUAGAAAAUAUUCGUUGAUAGUCCAUACUCGAAUCCACACGGGCGAAAAGAAUUAUAAAUGCGAAUUUUGUUGUAUGACAUUUAGAGCGUCAUCUUAUUUGCAAAAUCAUCGAAGAAUACAUACAGGUGAAAAACCCCAUUGUUGUGAUAUGUGCGGAAAACGAUUUCGUGUAAGAUCUGAUAUGAAAAGGCAUCUCUUAACGCAUAAUCGCAAAAGAAAUAUAUCAAGAGUACCCGACCCUGCCGAUCCUUUCAUUUCAAAGGAUGAACCAAAAACGGAAUCAAGCGAAAUGGUUGAUCCGCUUCAACAAGAAGAUGACUCGAUGGAUACAGAAUUGAAUCGCGUUUCAAGCGGUGGGAUUGAAACGCCUUCAAGUGGAAGUAUGCAAACGUUACAAUACGAACAUGACCCCCUCGAGGGUAUUCAAGAUAAUAAUACCCUUUAUGUUAUGCCGAUUUUAAUCACUUAAUGUAGUUGUUUAUUACUGUUCCUUUUCAAGUAUGUACAUACCAUAUUAAAAUAUUUUUUAGAUAAAAUAAUGGAAAAAAAGAUUAUUUUUCAUAAAAAAAAUAAAUACAUUUAA